GAGCUGGCAAUAUAGAUAUAUAUAUUUUGCUCGCCGGAAACUGAUGCAGAACUCUGGCCUCUGAAAACCCUAGUGCACUGAUCCACAGCUCCAACCUCCCCACAAAGUCUUAAUGAUAUGGCUGUGCUGCUAGCACCAACUUGGCUAUUGGUGAUGGUUAUAACCAUUUACAUUGGUCUACUAAGAUCAACUCAAGCUGGUGCUUAUUAUGGGAUCAAGCAGAUGCCUCCCCAAGUCCCACAGUACCAAGCCCUUGGCCAACAAGGACAACAAGUACCUCACAUGCCAGUGGGCAAAGAUGGCAUUCCACUGCAGCGCAUGGGCAAGGAGGUACCACCACCCAUGCCAUAUGGGAAAGAAUAUGUCCCUCAGUUUUUGAAAGAAAUCCCACCACUACCUAUGCUUGGCAAGGAGAGGAUUUCAAAGAAACAGAAAGAAAUCCCAAUGGUUGGUUUGAGAGGUGAGCGUGGUCCUCCUGGGGAGCCUGGACCAAGAGGGCCUACUGGACCUCCAGGGAUACCAGGACAUGGCGUGCCAGGAGCCAAAGGAAAACCAGGUCCACAAGGAUAUCCAGGGAUUGGAAAAUCAGGAAUGCCUGGAAUGCCAGGAAAGCCAGGACCAAUGGGGCCUUCUGGAUCAAGAGGCGAGAUGGGACCAAAAGGAGAGAUUGGAUCUAUGGGUAUUCCAGGACCCCAAGGUCCACCAGGACCCCAUGGACUACCUGGAAUAGGAAAACCAGGUGAUCGGGGUUUGCCAGGGCAACCAGGACCAAAGGGUGAGCCCGGAAUGAAAGGACAGCCUGGAAUACAAGGUCCCGCUGGUCCAAAAGGAGAUAAAGGCAUUGGGAUUCCAGGUCUGCCUGGGUUAAAAGGUCCACCCGGUUUGCCCGGUCCUCCAGGUCCUGUUGGACUUCCAGGAAUAGGUAAGCCAGGAUUGACUGGUUUUCCAGGCCCACAGGGACCUGCAGGAAAACCAGGGCUUCCAGGGAAGCCAGGACCUCAAGGGUUAACUGGACCCCCUGGAAUUCAAGGUCCUCCUGGCCUUCCAGGUGCAGGAAAGCCAGGCCAAGAUGGAAUCCCUGGUCAACCAGGGUUUCCUGGUGGGAAAGGUGAGCAAGGUUUACCAGGUUUACCAGGACCUCCUGGAAUACCUGGGGUUGGGAAACCAGGUUUCCCUGGACCUAAAGGUGACCGUGGCAUGGGUGGUGUUCCAGGGCCACUUGGACCUAAGGGUGAAAAGGGGCACAUGGGGCCACCUGGUAUGGGUGGGCCACCAGGAGAACCGGGCCAACCAGGGUUGCCAGGCCUUAUGGGUCCUCCAGGUGCUAUGGGGUUCCCAGGCCCUAAAGGAGAAUCUGGAGUUCUUGGACCUCCAGGGCCACUUGGUCCAAAAGGUGAACUUGGCUUACAGGGUUUCCCAGGGAAACCUGGCUUCCCUGGGGAAGUGGGACCUCCAGGUCUAAGAGGUUUACCAGGCCCAAUGGGACCAAAAGGAGAAGCUGGUCACAAAGGCUUGCCUGGUCUGCCUGGUGCUCAGGGACCUAUGGGGCCCAAAGGAGAACCUGGAAUCCCAGGAGCUCAAGGACAUAAAGGCCCUUCUGGAAUCCCAGGCAUAGCGGGACCAAGUGGCCCAAUUGGACCUCCUGGACUUCCUGGGCCUAAAGGGGAACGAGGCAUGCAAGGUCCCCCAGGCUUUCCAGGAAUGGGGAAGCCUGGUAUUGCAGGGGUACAGGGGCCACCUGGAAAACCUGGAAUGAUUGGUUUACCUGGCCAGCCUGGCCUCCAGGGACCUCCAGGACCUCCUGGUCCCCCUGGUCCCCCAGUAAUAGUCCAACCCACACCACCAGCAAUUGGACAAUAUUUGCCUGAGAUGGGUCCAGGCAUCGAUGGAGUAAAGACUCCACAUGGCUACAUGGGGAAGAAAGGCAAAAAUGGUGGUGCAGCUUAUGAGAUGCCAGCAUUCACAGCUGAGCUCACCACUCCUUUCCCACGAGUUGGGGUGCCUGUGAUGUUUGACAAGCUCCUCUAUAAUGGCAGGCAGAAUUAUAAUCCACAGACUGGCAUCUUCACCUGUGAAAUCCCUGGGAUUUACUACUUCGCCUACCACAUUCACUGUAAAGGAGGGAAUGUCUGGGUGGCUUUGUUCAAAAACAAUGAUCCAUUGAUGUACACCUACGAUGAAUACAAGAAAGGCUUCCUGGACCAAGCUUCAGGGAGUGCCGUCGUUCAGCUGAUGCAGGGUGACAGAGUGUAUAUCCAGAUGCCAUCUGAACAAGCAGCAGGACUCUAUGCUGGGCAAUACGUCCAUUCAUCUUUUUCAGGAUAUUUGUUGUAUCCCAUGUAAACCAAACAUUCAGUCAAAAUGUUUCUUUCUCCCCCUCAUGCUUCAAAUCUAUACCAUUGAGAGAUGCAUUUAAUGACUGUUUGGGACCAUCGUGUACAAUAAGUAAAAUAAAAUUACAGUUUUAAAAGUUA